CUUUACUAUUUCAGCAAGUGGUCCCCCCUGCGAAACACUGGUCCUUUAGGUUUUAUGUGAAUCUUGGCUGACUACAGAGAGAAAGUUAUGUCCUCCGCUGGUCUCCAGAUUCUGGGUAUCUUCCUGGCUAUUAUUGGUUGGUUAGGGGACAUUGUCAUCUGUGCGCUCCCCAUGUGGAAGGUGACGGCUUUCAUAGGCAACAACAUCGUGACUGCACAGACCUUCUGGGAAGGCCUAUGGAUGAACUGUGUGCAGCAGAGCACAGGCCAGAUGCAGUGUAAGGUUUAUGACUCCUUGCUAGCUCUCCCCCCGUACCUCCAGGCUGCCAGAGCUCUGGUGAUCAUCUCCAUCCUUGUGGCCGUGAUCGGUAUCCUACUCUCCGUGGCCGGGGGGAAGUGCACCAACUGCAUUGAGGACGAGGAGGCCAAGUCUAAGGUGGCCAUCACAUCCGGCGUGUUCUUCCUAGUCUCUGGCGCCCUCUGCCUGAUCCCCGUGUCCUGGUGCGCCAACACUGUUAUCAGGGACUUCUACAACCCGCUGCUCACUGACGUGCAGAGGAGAGAGCUGGGAGCUUCACUGUUCAUCGGCUGGGCCUCUGCUGGCCUAAUGCUCGUCGGGGGUGCGCUUCUCUGCUGCCAGUGCCCUCUGCGCGAAGAGAGGGGGUACUCUGCCAAAUAUUCCGCCCCCAAUGGAGGGGCCUACAUCUGACAAGAUGAACACUUGUUUUACAUGGCCGUGUUUAGUGCAGUACGAAUUAAGUUUUUUGAUUCACUUCAGUGCACCUGGACAUUUGUCAAAAGGCAAUUGUAAUCCAAUUUUGUAUCUACUGUUUUUAGCUAACUGUUUUUAUCUAACUGCUUUAAUAAAUAUUGUCAUUUGUUCUUGAAUUGUAA